AUGGAGACUAUGACGGGGCGUCACAGAUCCAAUACAGAGAGGCGCUUGCCCAACCCCCUGCGGGGCCGAACACCUGACGAACUGGAAGACGAUGUGCGCCAAUUCUACGAGCGACAACGACCCAAAGGAUUGGCCGAUGUUGUUGAAGUCGAGGUGCUCGUGAAAGGAGCCCUGGUCGCACAAGAUCCAAAGAACCUUGCGGAACUGCCACAUGCGGAACAAAAAGCUAUUAGAUUUGAGCAUAAAGCGGGCUUCCUACAGCAGACAAAGGACCUCAAAGUGACUAUUCUAACCACUGCUUGUGCUGCCAUUAUUCAGGGCUGGCAACAGUCGACAAUCAAUGCAAGCUCACCCGGCUGGAAGCUCGAAUGGGGUAUAGAAAACUGGAAUUAUAUUCCUGGGUUGAUCGAUGCUGCGCCCUGGAUCUCUGGGAGUAUCAUAGGUACAUGGUUGAGCGACCCUUUGCAGGAGGGACGAUACGGUCGACGACCGGCGCUCUUGUUAUCCGCCAUCGUCUGCGCAGCCUGCGUUAUAGGAUCAGCGCGAUGUGAGUCAUGGCAAGCGCUCCUUGCCUGUCGUUUGAUUCUCGGAAUCGGAAUCGGUGCGAAAGCUUCCAUUGCCCCCGUCUUCGCAGCAGAGGCGGCUGUAGAUCAUCUCCGAGGCCGCCUCUUGAUGAUGUGGCAAGUAUUCGAUACAUUUGGCAUAUUUGUGGGAUUUGCCUGCGUCUGGGUUGUCGACCAAAACUGGAGGGUGCUGCUAGGAACGGCGGCCAUUCCUGCCCUGAUUCUACUGUUUCUUGUUUUCCUGUGUCCGGAGUCGCCGCGAUUCCUCAUACGACAAGGUGAUUAUGCAGGGGCAUUUACAAGUCUCCGUCAUCUACGAGGGACAGAUAUUCAGGCUGCCAGGGAUCUCUACUACAUACAUAGCCAGCUCCAGGUGGAAACAGCGUCUCUCCAGGGCAGAUCCGCACAUGAAUGGUGGAAAGGAGAGCUGUACCAGGAAGAAGUCAGGUCCAAAAGCUUCCCGCAGCGCGUGUGGGCUCUUUUUGUACUCCCCAGGAAUCGAAGAGCUUGUCUGGCUGCAUUUUUGGUUAUGGCUUCCCAACAGCUCUGUGGCAUUAACGUUCUAUCUUUCUACUCGUCGACCUUAUUUGGAAGCUUGGCUCAUGAAAAUGGGGCAAACGUCGAAUGCGAGACCCCGAACUCACCAAAGUGCAACAACCCGUUGGAGAAUACCAAAGUAGUCUGGCUGAAUUUCGGCUUUGGGCUAGCAAAUUUUCUCUUCACCAUUCCUGCAUAUCGAUUCAUUGAUUGGCGUGGCCGGAGACUCCUGCUUCUGAUCUCUCUUGGUGGUAUGUUCUUUACGCUGGCAGCCAUCGCAGGGUUCUUCCGCAUCCAGAACGAUCAUGUUAAGAUUGGCCUUGUUGCGCCUUUCGCAAUUGUCAUUUUCACUCUAUUCUACGGGAUAGGGGCCGGACCAGUGCCAUUCACAUUCAGCGCCGAAGUUUUUCCUUUGGCUUUUCGAGAAGUCGGAAUGAGCUUUAGCGUCAUGGUGAACUUCCUCGGUCUUGGUUUGUUGGUUCUCUUUGUGCCAGCUUUGACCGAUGCUUUUGGGCCACACAAUGGCCAGUCCAAUCUUCUGUUUUUGUUUACUGGACUGAACGCACUGGCCUUUAUCCUUGUCUUUUUUCUGGUACCAAGUGGUACGGCUCGAGUUAGUCUGGAAGACAUGGAUGCCAUCUUUCCCUGCUUGGCUUCGACUGCAAGCAGUUGA